CCUUCGCAGCCGCGAUUUGUUGAAAAAAUCAAAAAACCGCUUUUGAAAUCGGUAAAAGUGCAAGAUAUACGAGCUGAAUAAAGUCACGGCACGUACAGUGAAGCCCUUGCAGUGAGUUUCAAGUUGAAGUGUUAAUUAGAAAGAUAGAGAGAGAGCGAUAGAGUGAGUGGGAGCUUUUCCAGAUAGAAAAGACUGGUAAGGCGACAUUGCGGGGCGAAAUAUACCACAACGCAAUUAACCCUCUGCGCCCCUGGCCUUGAACUCAAUAGACUUGGCUGCCGUCCAUACAGUGACGCCGCGACACACAGACACACAUACCCGAAAGCCGCUUUCCUGCCACUUCCACUGCCACUGCUCUACUAACCGAAAGAAAAGAACCGAACUUGAAAGAACCAUGGCUGACCCAAAGACACCCGAGAAGAUGCUUUCCGCCAAGCCGCCAGUGUUCCAUCAUCAUAAUAACAGCCCGAAUGCCUCGCUGCAGCUACCGAGUCCCAUAAUCACGCGACGCACACGCACGGCCUCGACCUCGGCUCGGGCCUUGGAGAACCCAGUGGUGACCGGCGUGGUAAAGUCCUUUAGCCGUAGCAAAGGACACGGCUUUAUAAUCCCCACCGCCGGUGGCGAGGACGUUUUUUGCCAUGUUUCCGACAUCGAAGGUGAAUAUGUGCCCAUGCCCGGGGAUGAGGUCAAAUACCGUCUGUGCGCCAUUCCGCCAAAGUACGAGAAACACCAGGCCGUGCACGUACAGAUAAGCAACUUGACUCCCGAGGUGCACCACAAAUGGGAGGAGCCCGUGUUUGGAUCCUCGCCCGCCAAGUAGGUGUGGUGUGUUUGGAGGGAGGGCAAAGGAGGACGAAUAAAUGUUAGCAGCCUUCCAUGGACUUUAAUUGGACUGGAGCACGCCACACACGAGAUGCUUAGAUGGAAACAACACGGAAGGGGAAAAAACCAACAAUAACCAUGAAAAUGAAAGCGAACUGUCGAAAGAACCAUAACAGAAACAGAACCAGAGACCAGAAAAGAAGAGCCAGCCAUUAAAGUAUCAAUUGAACACUUACUUAAUUAGACUCUAAGCGAUAGAAGCGUUAGAAGCGAUAGAAACAGAAAAACAUAACAGUCACAAAUGUUGCCUUGAAUUGGAAGAGGAUAGCGACAGCUGAAACCAGUUUUACUCAAGUAAUGCAUAUUGAAAUCGUAUUUGGAAAUUGAAAUUGUUGUUCGAGAUCAUUGAUGACAUGAUGAUCGCCUGCCAGCAUGCCAGCCUAGCAGCCAGGCCUUGCUCGGCCCGGCCCGUUUGUGUAUCCACCAAUUGGUUCUGGAGCCUGUAUCAGUAAUUACUUUUAAUUAUAAUGAAAUAUCUGAAUGUGUUCGCCAAGCAAACGAAACAGAAAUUCAAUUUAUUAUUAUACCAACAAAUGCUGCGAAUUAAAUAUGCACUUUUUUUUCAAUCUUUA